GAAUGCGUCCGGACAGUUGUCACGAGUUAAAAACCAACAAGUAGUCCGGCUCGUUAGCUCGCUUCAAGUGAGUUGAGUCGCCAUGGCUCUGUACGUGAAAGCCGCGGACGUCCUGGAGAAAGCCGAGAGGAAGCAGGGCGCGUUGAAAACUCUAGUUUACGACAGUAAGUUUGGGAACAUCAAGCAGCUGUUCGCUCUGGUUUGUGAGACCCAGAAGUUCUCGUCCAUCCUGGAGGAGAUCAUCGAGUCCACCAAGCUGCUCAAACACACCAAGCUGAGGAUCCACCUGGCCAAGGUGCUGGUCUACGACCUGCUGAUGGGGCAGGGGCUGAAGUGCGGCGGCUCCUGGAAGGCCAUGAUGAUGAAGCAUCGCUCCAGACUGCAGGCGGUGCUGGCCCGCAUGAAGGUGAAACAGAAGGUCAGUAAGAAUGAAGACCUGCUCCCGGUCAGCGUCCAGAAGCCCGCCGGGGACCGACUGCCCAGGUAUGUGCGUGUGAACACCCUGAAGACCACCGUGGAGGAUACCGUGGACUACCUGAAGAGGGAUGGUUUCUCCUACCUGGGACAGGCCUCCAGGCUGGAUGACUUCACCCUGAAGGAGAAACACUUUGUGAGGGACAUGCACCUGCCAGAGCUGCUGGUCUUCUCUCCUAAAACCGACUUCCAUGACCACUUCCUGUACAAGUCCGGACACAUCAUUCUGCAGGACAAAGCCAGCUGCCUCCCCGCCUACCUGCUCAACCCCCCGCCUGGCAGCCACCUCAUUGAUGCCUGUGCCGCCCCGGGCAACAAAUCCAGCCACCUGGCAGCCAUCGUAAAGAACAAGGGCAGGCUGUUUGCCUUUGAUUUGGAUGCCAAGCGCCUGGCCACCAUGUCGACUCUCCUGCUCCGAGCUGGGGUCACCUGUCAGCAGCUGGCCAACCAGGACUUCCUGAAGGUGGACCCUGAAAGCCCGCAGUAUAAAGAUGUCGAGUAUGUCCUGCUGGAUCCGUCCUGCAGCGGAUCAGGUAUGGUGUGUCUCCGGGACGAUGCCUCCUCUGCAGACCAGGAGAAGAAUCAGGCUCGUCUGGCCUCCUUGGCCUCUUUCCAGCUGCGGUGCCUGAACCACGGCCUCAGGUUCCCUCGGCUGAAGCGCCUGGUCUACUCCACCUGCUCCAUCCACCGCCAGGAGAACGAGGACGUUGUAGCGGCCUGUCUGCAGGAGAACCCUGGCUUCAGGUUGGUUCCUCUGCUGGGUCAGUGGCCUGAACGAGGCCUGGAGCCGCUCACUCAGUGUCUGCGAGCCAGCACCACCAAGACCCGCACGCAUGGCUUCUUCGUGGCUCUGCUGGAAAGAUACAGUGAGGCUGGGAAUGAGAAGCAGGAGCCAGCGGUUCAGAUAUGUGACGUGGAGUCGACACCACGCAGCCCGUCCACCGGCGAGAAGAGACCCGCAGGUUCAGAAGAAGAGUCUGAAGCUUCAGAGAUAGAGGACAAACCGACACCUGCAGCGGGACAGGAUGACAGCACACCUGGCAAGAAGAGGAAGAGGAAGAGGAAGAGGAAGAAGAAGAAGAAGAAGGCGGCAGCAGCAGCAACAGUGGAGUGAUGAUACGUUUAAAAUGGGACUGCUUCCAGCAUGUUGUCUGCAGGGACUGCUCUAUGUGGGAAUGUAACUGAAAAGUAAAGAUUAUUUUUUACUCUA